GGAAUCUGCCUCUCCUGGGACUCUGCUCUCUCCAUUGACCACGCCCACGUUGCUUAGGAGAUGAAGGACGCCGAAUCUUGGUCCCUGUAGAGGGCAGGACUGGCACAGAGGGAAAUCGUUUGAGUUCUGUGCCUAUCUUCAACUCAGGCAUGGGGACCUUUGACAGCUCAGACCCGGACAGCACACAAAACUGGUAUGAGCUCGGACCCACCGACUUGCUGGAGCGCAAAGGCUCCCUAACCCUCCGCUCCCACCACAAGAAAUACUCGAAGCCUGUGUUGGUGCAUUCCUGGCACUAUGACAGAGAAGCUUACCCUAAAGAUUAUGACGUAGAGGGUCCUGAGGAAGUGAAAAAGCUGUGUUACUCUACUUAUCGGCGACUGGGAACUGAAGAACCUUUGAUAUGGAUAUCAGAAGCACAUGAACAGAUGCCAGAACUUUUAAUCAGCAGAGAUUUGAAUGAAAUAAAGAAAAAGGCCUUAUUAAAUGCAGAAACAAUGUGCCCUGGGAUUUUUGAAAGGGACCCUAAAUCACCUACCACAGGUUUUCAGGCUGUUUUUACCAGACGUCAACCAGAUCGGCGCAAAGUGUGUGCAAUGACAACACACACUGAAGAUUAUGCUCCACCGUACAAUUAUCCACCACGCGUUUAUUGCCAUCAAGAUGAAUAUUCCAUAGUCCACAGAAAAUGUCGUUCUCAGUUCACAGACCUAAAUGGCUCCAAAAGAUUUGGCAUCAACACAUGGCAUGAUGAGAGUGGAAUCUAUGCUAAUUCUGAAGAGAAACGAAAACUUUACUUGCUGGCUAGUAACCCUAUUGUCCCCCUUUAAACUAUACUUGCUGUCUGGUAACCCCAUUGUUCCCCUUUAAAAAUAAAGCAUGGGUCAGAUUCUUUGGCUCAGGAAAGAAUCAUGGCAUAAGAAUUUCCUGCCUUAAUCAAUGGAAAGGACAUUUAUUUCUUUAAACAUAAAAAUCACACAUUACCUGGGCUAGAGUGGGACCCUACCUUGAGAAAAAAAAAUAAAUCACACAUUCGAAGUCACUGCUUAUGUUCUUAUUUGCAUAA